UUUAAAUAUGUCAAUCUACUAUUACAUUUUAAAACUUCCGAAUAAAAGCUUAAAUUUAACGGAUUUUCGCCAGUAAUAUUCAAAUAGCAAUACCAUCUAAAUUGAAAUUUAUCCGAUUUUACCACCAUCGCCGGCGCAUGCGCACGGUACGCGUGAUGCGUUUUUAAGGCCGUCAUUAGGCCAUCGCCCAUCAAUUUUAGUGUUUCAUCCGCCGCCCGAUACGGUCACACCGCUCGAGAAGUAGAGAAAAAAGAAGGCGACGAAUCACAGGCAGCAAGCAAAAUCGACGCCGCACGUACCGGGAGCAUUUAAAUAAUUUUUUCUGUGGAUUAAUUUAACCGAAAAGGCUUCAACACAAUGACUGAGCGCGAGAACAAUGUGUACAAGGCAAAGCUUGCCGAACAGGCCGAGCGCUACGACGAAAUGGUGGAGGCCAUGAAGAAGGUCGCCUCCAUGGACGUAGAGCUGACCGUCGAGGAGCGAAAUCUGCUGUCGGUGGCGUACAAGAAUGUGAUUGGAGCACGCCGUGCCUCGUGGCGCAUCAUCACCUCGAUCGAACAGAAGGAGGAGAACAAGGGGGCCGAGGAGAAAUUGGAGAUGAUCAAAACCUACCGCGGACAGGUGGAGAAGGAGCUGCGCGACAUCUGCUCGGAUAUACUGAACGUGCUCGAGAAGCAUCUCAUUCCAUGCGCCACAUCCGGCGAAAGCAAAGUAUUCUACUAUAAGAUGAAGGGCGACUACCAUCGCUAUCUGGCCGAGUUCGCCACCGGCUCAGACCGCAAGGAUGCGGCAGAGAACUCGCUGAUUGCCUACAAGGCGGCCAGCGAUAUUGCCAUGAACGAUCUGCCACCAACACACCCCAUCCGCUUGGGCUUGGCAUUGAACUUCUCGGUGUUCUACUAUGAGAUUCUCAACUCGCCGGACCGCGCUUGCCGCUUGGCGAAAGCCGCUUUCGAUGAUGCCAUUGCCGAGUUGGAUACGCUGAGCGAAGAGAGCUACAAAGACUCGACACUCAUCAUGCAGCUGCUGCGCGACAACCUCACAUUAUGGACGUCCGAUAUGCAGGCAGAAGAAGUAGACCCCAACGCAGGUGAUGGCGAGCCCAAAGAGCAAAUCCAGGAUGUUGAGGAUCAGGACGUGUCGUAAUUUAAGUAAACCCCCGCCCUUCCAUUUAAAACACAUUAUAUACCUUCUAAAGUAAAUAUAAUACCAUAUAAUAUAUAUGCAUACAACAACAACAAAAUCAACAACAACAAAAGCAACCACAACAACACGACAGCAACUUCGAGAACAACAACAUGGAACCAAUGCGGCAACAACAACAUCCCGGCAACGACGACAACCAGGCAGUCGAUUUACCACAACAGCAGCACCCGUAUGUAAAUCAACAUAUUUGCAACAUGAAAACAACAAGCAAACCAGCAGGACCACAAUUUGUCAUCAACAAUAAACAGCAUGGAAAACAACAGCACAAAAACAGAAAAAAGAAAACAACAAACCAAGCAAAAUGUUUGAAAAUUGGGCGGCCUGGUGGGCGUGGCGCGGCUGUUGCUGCGGCCCAGAAUCGAAUCGCAACAUAAAAAAUUCGCGGUACUAUUAAGUUGGCGUCGCUUUGCAAAUUGGCUCCUUAACGUUAGAAAACUGCAACAUCAAGUCUACUACAUUUGAAUUUUUUGCAUUCGAGAAACCAAGCAUUUUAUUAUAUUUGAAUAAAUAUUAUAUUUAAUUAUGAGAAGCAAAAACGAAACAAAUAAAAUUCAUUUAAACCACAAAACACAUUAAAACAACACAAGCAGGAAAAGAACGAAAGUCGAAACACUAAACGAAAAUUGAGUAACAAUCACACGAGUAAAUCACAAAGCAAAUUUCAUCGAGUUGGCAUGCAUUAAUUUUUAAAACAAACUUUAAAUACGACAGCAACACGUAAAAUACAACUUUAAUUUUAAGCCAAUAAUAAACGUGAGAACGAGGUAAUAAAAACGAAAAACCAUUUAAUAAGCGCAAACGUAAAAGUAAAACAAAGUCGAAAAUGUAAGGAAAAAAUACAGCAAUUAAUUUAAAUUUAAUACAUGAAUAAAACGUAAAUGGAGUAAACGAAACGAAAUGAGCAAACAGAAUGAAAGACGCAAAAGCUAAAAACUAUAUUAAAUGAGAAAAAGGAAUGUUAGUUAAGCGAAAUUCAAAACGAAUUCUUAAGCUUAAAUUUGUAUGUAUGUAAGUGUACUGUUCAAUAACACCGACACACCCGCACAGACUCACACACACACGCAGACAAACACACACCCACCACCCACACAGACACCCAUAUUACGCAUACGAGCCGUUUGUUUUCUCUUAGCGUUUCCUUGCUCUCUCACACUCGCACUCAUAUUCACACUCACACACCCAUGCAUGGUCAAAUCAAAUGAAACGAAACCGAACAAUCGAACGGGAAUUUGGUGGAUUUCUGUUUUUCGCCUUUCGUUUUGAGUUCUCCAUCGCAAUCGCAACCAAUUUUCUUCAUCAUCUCUUACCUUGCGCAACAAAGAAACAUAUUAAUAAUAUAGAAAAGUAUUUGUAGUUGCUAAAUACAAGAAACAAAAAGAAUACAAAACAAAACAACGGUACAUAUAUAUACGUAUAUAUAUAUAUAUAUAUAUUGUAUACAUAUAUACUUGUAUAUUUUCUAUGCCUACCACUUAUGUAAUUUGUAGAGAUUUCGAACUUUUCGCCCCACCACCCAACUAACCAUCUCUCCAGAGAUUCCGAUUCCAAAACUCCCCGACAGACCAGACAGUCCAAAACCACAUUGAUUUAGCCCAAAGUCAAGUAAACAAACCCACAGAUUCUCCACAAGAACAACACCAUCAUCAUCGACAGUGUUAUCUGUAGCGUGUUUGCGUGAUUAGCGAAGGAAAAUAGAAUGAUGAGCUAGCUGAGCAGCAGCUACUGGAGACUUUUCGCACGAGCUUAUUCGCUGCUCUUUCGCAUGGUCUUUGUUUUUCGCUUUUGGUUUUUUUUAAAUAUUAAUAAAUGAGGAAAGAAGGCAGACUAAUAUUUUGCAGUCGCUGAAUAGAAAAGGCCCGUGCAGAAAGUUAAUUAAGCAUAAAUCAGCCGCGGCAGCAACAACAACAACAGCCACAUUCUUGAACGUAACAACAACAGCAAUACAAGAAACCAGCAGCUAAAACUGACAUUCGUAUUCAUUUCAAAUAAAAAUCAUAAAAACAAAACAACAA